ACGGGGCGGGGCACAGCUUUGCGGAGCCCUAGCGCAGCGCUGGGGAGGGGGGGCGGCCGAAAGGGGGGCGGUGGUCGGGCCGCGCAGGCGGAGAUGGAAUGGGGCCCGGGCUCAGACUGGUCACGGGGGGAGGCUACCGGCGUGGACCGCGGGAAGGCGGGGCUGGGGCUCGGCGGAAGGCCACCCCCGCAGCCGCCCCGGGAUGAGCGCGCCCAGCAGCUGCUGGACGCGGUGGAGCAGCGACAGCGGCAGCUCCUGGACACCAUCGCCUCCUGCGAGGAGAUGCUGCGGCAGCUGGGCCGUCGGCGCCCGGAGCCGGCUGGUGGCGGGAACAUCUCAGCCAAACCGGGAGCGCCGCCCCAGCCAGCUGUCUCCGCCAGAGGUGGUUUUCCAAAGGAUGCUGGUGAUGGAGCUGCGGAGCCUUGACCAUCCCAAGCCGGGUGCCCUGAUGUCUCUCCCUCCCCAGGGCUGGUGGCUGGACUCUGAAAACUCCCUUCAGUAAAGGGGCCAGUCUUCACAGGCGGUGGCUGGUACUUGGCCUUCAGCCUGGGGUGGCAGCUCUUGCUAGCAGCUGGGUUCACUCCCACUUCAUCCUGGCUGAAGGCACUACUGCGCUUUGAAAUGUAGCCAACGAAUACCCAAUCUGACUACUUGGAUUUGGGUGGACCAGCAGUGCUCGCCAGAGAGGUCUGGCCCACUUUGGGGGUUCCAGGUGGUAUUACAUGUCCAUUUCAUGCUUUGGGGGCUCUUAGUCCCACAAAACACCUUCAGCAGAGCCUUGAUUAAAAGGAAACCUACAGAC